UCCUAUCAUCUAUUCUGAAAGCAGUUCCGUAUUCAGUGCUAGCCUACAUUAAUGUAACAUCGGCGCCCACAUCAUACAGCGUAUAUAGGUAGAAUUGUCGGAAAAGAUCACACCAUCUCGACCAUGGAGCCUUGAACUGGAAUGUAAGAGAUGCGUUUACUACUCGCUACUCAGAAGCCGAGAAAACGAUGCUUGUGCGUAUCCUUUUUCCGUAGGUGCUGUGAUAGUAAAGUUUGGGGUGGGUUGGGAAUGCGAUCAUGUGUCAUACGGGCUAUCAAGUUCUAGACAUGUGCGUUUUGGUCAUAGUCAAGUCUGUGCGGUGGCGCUCGUUUAUUUCUUAUCUUAGUGAUCGAAGUAUCUGUGUACGGUCCCCACAGUUAGGCUGACUUCAAUGGCAGCAACUUGAAUCUUAAGUCAUUUUUUCAGGGUAUGGUAAACUCACCAUCCAUAAUGUAAUUCGCGCAAUACCGUGGUUGACAGAAUGACGCGUAUGAUUUCCUGGUGAUGAUGAGGGACAUAAGCCCCAAUUUUGUCACUGUAAAGGGGACCAUCCUCGAUUUAUUUCUUUGCUGCCAAUUGAGGAUUUUUCAGCAAUCAAAUUUAUGACAAUUAUAUCAUAUGACAUUUCUUCUCAGAAUAUACUAUUCAAAGGUUUGCCUAAGCUAGUCAGUGUCAAGGCUAGUAUUGAACUCUGGGAUCAUGCAACAGCGUAAUGACCAUAGCUAGGUACUAGCGAAAAUAUGUAACAAAUACAAUGGUUACGUUGUAGCAUAGAUCUCGAUAUUCUGUUGUUCCGCUUGAGGAGGCUAACCAAAGUAGCCUCUCUCCAAACUUUGGAUUUGAAAAUACUAUUUCAAUUAUAUUAAUGUGACAAUGAAGGGGUUAUACACUUAAUGCCAUAACAAUCUUUGGAAGGAACUAAAGUUGCUUUCGAUUUUAAAAAAGCAUUAAGGGGGCGGGGCAUAAAGGUGACACGUUACAUGCACCUGUAGCCAGUGUUUGACUUGGACUGAAAUAGGUGUCGGUACUCAUUUUGGGUGCCGGUACUGUUUAUAUUUAGGUGCAGGAGCUCCACAAUACUUUUGAGAUAAUAUUCUAUAAGAGGAACAGGAGCUCAAGCAGUAGAACAUUUGAGGUGCUGGUACUUAGCUCUGGUUAGCUCCUGUCCAAGUCAACCACUGCCUGUAGCCUGUCCAUGAUAUUUGUUUUGGUCAAACAUGUUGAAGAUGCAGUGAUGUCUUGGUAAAUGUUAAAGUUGAUUCUAUUUCAUGAAAUAAUGCAACUUUAGAAUUUGCAUUUGAUUUUGUGGUAACACAUUUUCAAAUAUCAAGCAUGUAGCACUGUUUUCUACUUUCAUUCACAGACACCCACAGCACCACAGAGAUGAAAAUGCAGCACACUUGAUAUCUCACUGGAGGGGAAGCCUGAAUUAAGAUGAAGCGACUGAAGGGGAAAACCCAGAAGUGUGGAGCAUUUCAGAAAGUCCUGUGAACUCUGACCUCCAGCCCCCAUCUGCCAUCAUUCCUUUCCCCAUUACACAACACUCCCAUCCAUCAACACUCCUGCUCUGGUCCAAGAUGACCUCGCCGAAAAAGCACCUGGUCAAGGAUUUCAACCACUUUAUCACAUGCUACGUGUGUAAAGGAUACCUGAACAAGCCCACCACGGUGACAGAGUGCCUGCACACCUGUAAGCCCCCCCCACGCUCUCUUUCUCUCUCUCUCUCUCUCAAUUCAAUUCAAUUUCAAUUUAAGGGCUUUAUUGGCAUGGGAAACGUAUGUUAACAUUGCCAAAGCAAGUGAAGUAGAUAGUAAACAAAAGUGAAAUAAACAAUAAAUAUUAACAGUAAACAUUACACUCAGAAGUUUCAAAAGAAUAAAGACAUUUCAAAUGUCAUAUUAUGUAUAUAUAUAGUGUUGUAACAAUGUCUCUCUCUCUCUCUCUCUCUCUCUCUCUCUCUCUCUCUCUCUCUCUCUCUCUCUCUCUCUCUCUCUCUCUCUCUCUCUCUCUCUCUCUCUCUCUCUCAGAAAACACAUUUUCACUAUGCAUAGGCUACACUAUCUCCAGGCAUAUCUGUAUGAUUUUUAUUUAGCUCUGCCUAAUAUAUAUGCAUUAUACCUAACUUCCGCUACUAUAAAUUAUAUCUAACAAUGAUUUUAUGCAGAAAUGUCCUCUGGCUUUUUUUGGUGUAGUGUGACUUUAUUAUAAUAUUUUUUUUACGGCAUCUAUUGCACCACUAAAAAGUGCUAGAGUAGCUGGAAUUUAGAGCUCACAUAAUCAAUUGGCUGUCUUAUUUGUUGUUUUAUACCACAGCCUUGCACAGUCACAGCUAUGAUUUUUUUUAAACGCCCUCUGUCGAUCUCCUCGAUGUCAUAUCCUGCAUGAUUUACAUGUCAUAUUACAUGGCAUCCUUCUCCAUUUCUGCCCUCUCCAUCUGAACUGAAUGUUUUAUUGGAGGAGAAUGGCAGAUCUCACUCCCAGGAAUGACACAUCUCAAGUGAUCAGGGUGAAACACAGUCAUCUGUGGGUUCAGUCACCAUGACAACAAAUAUCCUCCACACAGAAUAAGCUGUUUGGGUCCAAUUUAUUUGUUUGUUUGAGAGCAAAGUCACUUCUUUACUGUCAUAGAGGUUGUAUUGACCCCUAGCCAUAAUCUCAAUAAUGAAAAAUAUCAGCAGCUGCCUAGUACAGUACGUUUAUGCUGUUGUAUGAUUUAUUUCAGUGUGUAUGCCAUUAUAUUUCAGAGAUCCCCAGCUAAAUAUAUAUUUUACAUUAGUUUAGACUGUUUUCGUUGUAGCAUCUACUAUAGUAAAGUAGUCAGAACGCAAUUACUUGUAAAAGGCUGUAUAUGUAUAGGAAAUGUUUGAAGAGAACAUCUGCCACUGUUAUACACAACUGUGCACAGUGAGGUCUGUCUCAAACGUUUCAUAUGUUGUUCUGACAUAUUAUUUCCCUUGGCAGUUAUGGUUGAUUCAGUAUGACAGCAGCUAACUACUGUAUGUUUGUGAGGAUUGUUAUGUAGGCUAUAGGCCAGUGCAUAGUGUACAAGUACAUAGAGUAUGUGUUGGGUUUACAUGGCAGUUGCUAGAGGGGAGACUGUGCCCUGUAUUUCUGCAGAUAUUGUUGAUCAGAUUUUUUCUCACGAUUUGGUGAAAUCACAUCAUAGGAUAUAGGCCUAAUCCUCAGCUCAGUAUUGUAUGGAAUUGGUUUGUAUUCUUAAAAGAAAGAUAAGACUGUACAUUAUAUACCACCUCAUAGAUGGUGUAUGUGUGUGUGUGUGUUUGUGUGUGUGCAUGUGCGCCUUAUCGCACAUACAGUACGUGUACAUGCAUGUGUGUGUGCUCUGUAGUAUUGGCUGCAGCUGUCCUUGGCUGUGUGAUAGAUGCACUUAGAACUGGCCAGGCUAUACCCACUAUUUCCUUAUCUCCCUGCCAGUCCACAGUUUCAAUUUCAAUUGCAAGCCUGAGCUUUUAGUCAUGCUUCAAGGCUCAACAUAUACUCUGAUGUUUAUCCAGUUGAAACUGUAGAAAUUAGAUAUUAGAAUGCUAUUCCUUUUGGUUUUAAACAUUACUUUCAAAUCAAAAUCCUUUUAUUGUGAAGAUUAUCUGAGAGAAAGGGAUACGAAAAGAGAAAAUGCAGUCAUCUUGGCAUUUAUUUAACACCGGAAUGGUGUGAUAAAAAUCCAUAUUUACUUUAGGUCUGUAUUUCGAGAUGGUAAACUUCUCUUUCUCUCUAUCUCCUUUAUUCUGUCAACAGUUUGUAAAAGCUGCAUCGUUCAACACUUUGAAGACAGCAACGACUGCCCCAAAUGUGGUAUCCAAGUCCAUGAAACCAACCCCCUAGAGAUGUUAAGGUAAUACACCUCAUUUUAUAUCUUUGACAGAAUCUUAUGUGCAUUCAUAUUUUCCUUUUGAGAAUCACAGAAUCGUAAUGAAUACUAUUGAAUACAUUAAUAUAUCAAAACCAUCAGUAAAGUAAAAACAUGCUGGCCUUUGCACUACUGAACUAGCCCUAGCCGGAUUUUGUCCGUUUUUCUUCAGUUGUCUACUUGACUUGUGAGAUUGUAAGGCUGGUGUGGGCUGGGCUGGGCUGGGCUGGGGGAGGAUAGAGUGAACUUGAGCUUGGCUGGGGUGAGAUCCAGGCAACAGCUGGACACCAUUCUGGAGCCAAGGUCUCAGCUGAAGACCUCACCCAGUGCCCAGCCACCCAGCUACCCAGCCCACAGAUGCAAUGUCUGGGAAUGUGUGGGUGUGUGUGGGUGUGUGUGUGUGUGUGUGUAAGUAUGUGUAAGUGUACUUACUUUUUAUUCUUCCUUUACGUCUCAUUCUAUUGCCAGGUUGGACAACACUUUAGAGGAAAUCAUUUUCAAACUCGUGCCUGGGCUAAGAGAAAGUGAGUGAUGUCAUUUUAGUAUCUACCAACAUCAGAUAUACAUCUUGCCUUUUAUAGUAGGCCUAAGAGUUACUCAAGCUGUUUUCCAUUUGACUUGAAUGAUAUAACUCCUGCCCUGCAGGGCUCUACAGUGCUACCAUUUUGGGGGCAUAUCAAUCAGAUAUAAAUUUAGAAAAAUGUAUGCACUCACUAACUGUAAGUCGCUCUGGAUAAGAGCGUCUGCUAAAUGACUAAAAUGUAAAUGUAAAUAUAAAUAUUUUGCUGUGCUACCUGGAAUUUCUAUUUGGGAGCACCAGUGCCCCUAGAAAAAAAAUCACCCAGGUAAUAAUUAUUGUCAUGAUUUCUUUGCUGUCCCGCUUCUUCAGUAGUAUGCAAACAUGUGGUGGCACAGAAAGGAAGUAAAAGGGAGCGCUUUUUCGGGAGAUGAGCUUCAAAAGUAGCUAGGAUUCAUGAAGCCCAAUGUAGGCUAUAUCUCAAUCUUAAAAAUCGAUUGUUCUGGUGCUCCUAAACCCUGUAUUUUGUAAUUGCUGGCAAUUCGUAUCAUUAAAGGGGCAAUCUGCAGUUACUACAUCAAUUUUUGGACUCAUAAAUUAAUGAUUUAAACCCAUUGAUUCUUGAAGAGUAUAAUUUAUAAAUGCCACAUGAGCUUAGUUCAACUGUUGUACCCCAUCAGAAGCCAAAAUAUACAUUUACAUUUACAUUUACGUCAUUUAGCAGACGCUCUUAUCCAGAGCGACUUACAAAUUGGUGCAUUCACCCUAUAGCCAGUGGGAUAACCACUUUACAAUUUUUUUUGUUUGUUUUGUUUUUCUUUCUUUCUUUCUUUUUUUUUUUUUUUUAGGGGGGGGGGGGGGGGGGGGGGGGGGGGGGUAGAAGGAUUACUUUAUCCUAUCCCAGGUAUUCCUUAAAGAGGUGGGGUUUCAAAUGUCUCCGGAAGGUGGUGAGUGACUCCGCUGUCCUGGCGUCGUGAGGGAGCUUGUUCCACCAUUGGGGUGCCAGAGCAGCGAACAGUUUUGACUGGGCUGAGCGGGAACUAUGCUUCCGCAGAGGAAGGGGAGCCAGCAGGCCAGAGGUGGAUGAACGCAAUGCCCUCGUUUGGGUGUAGGGACUGAUCAGAGCCUGAAGGUACAGAGGUGCCGUUCCCCUCACAGCUCCAUAGGCAAGCACCAUGGUCUUGUAACAGAUGCGAGCUUCAACUGGAAGCCAGUGGAGUGUGCGGAGGAGCGGGGUGACGUGAGAGAACUUGGGAAGGUUGAACACCAGACGGGCUGCGGCAUUCUGGAUGAGUUGUAGGGGUUUAAUGGCACAGGCAGGGAGCCCAGCCAACAGUGAGUUGCAGUAAUCCAGACGGGAGAUGACAAGUGCCUGGAUUAGGACCUGUGCCACUUCCUGUGUAAGGCAGGGUCGUACUCUCCGAAUGUUGUAGAGCAUGAACCUGCAGGAUCGGGUCACCGCCUUGAUGUUAGCGGAGAACGACAGGGUGUUGUCCAGGGUCAUAUAAGCUUGUUUUUCCAAUGUUUGUAAACAAAGUUACACUAUACAGCCUCAAAACAUGGUUAAAACUAUAAUCCUUGCAUCCGUAGCUCUGUCUAUGAAUUUGAGUGUGGUUACAUUUCUCCAGCCUAGGGGAGACGACUGCCCCCUCUCCUUGAAGCCAUGGAAGUUCAAGGCCAACCGUGGUACUGCAGGCAUUGUUAGCAGGAAACAGCAUCGCCCCAUUAUAGUGAAUGGAAAAGUUGGCAAUUUUCGUGGUCAAUCUUCGUGUAAAUAUUUUUUUUUUUUGAAGACAAUCAUGGUACCAAUAAUUGCUUCUAAUAUACCAGAUGUACAUUAUGUCCUUGAACCGAUUAUUUAAAAAUGGCACGUAGAAGAAGUAUCCUGAGAGGGGGCCGCACUGAGCUAGCCUGCAACAUCACUUCCUGGAGUAACUCAAACUGCGCAUGUUAAGUGAGAUGCCAUCUUAACCGACUUAAUUUGGCUUCAAUGCGCUACUGAUUCUUCACAUAGGAAUGAAUGGUGUCACAUGAUCAAUGGUUUUGUCCAUUUAUAUAUACAGUCAUUGCUCCAGCCCCCUCCCUCAACCUUUUACUGAAACAGUGGCGGGGAGUGCUUUGUUAUCAUUCAACUGCAGAUUGCCGCUUUAAUACCUAAAAUAUUUUUCAUUGUGCUCCUACAUUUCUUUGUGUGCUCAUAUAUUUUUCAACUUAGGAGCACAUGUGCUCCUUGUAAUUUUUUUAAUCAUGGAGCCCUGCCCUGUGUAUUCAUAUAUUCUGUUUUUGUUUAUUGACUAGAGGAACAACAGCAGGAGAUUGAGUUCUGGAGGAGUCGAAAGUCAAAGGAGAACGGAGAAGGUAAAAUAUCUGUAUUAGUGUCCAUGAAGACCAAGACCCUCAGGGGGACCAGAAUGAACCCACUCGGGGGGCUUGGGUGUGCAGAGGUGGGCUGUGAUUUGUUAUUGAGGUGAAAGGUAAGGAGGCUCUAUGUGGGAGACAGAUCAGCAAGGCGACAAAGAGAGAGAAGGAAUUACAGUAUGACUCAGGUUCUAUUGUUGCAGUGGUGCACGACUGUAGGUGGCUGUGAGUCAUAUGAGGCUGAGAGAGAGAGAAGGAGGAGGAGGAGGGGGGGGGGAUAGCACACUCUACAAGGCAUUGACAAGAUGACCCUGUUUAUGAGGUAUAAUAGAGGUGGGGAAUAAAUAAAAUGGAAACCACAGAAUGACUAAAGGUGGAUGGAUUCAGUCCUCCAGACUUAAAUUCCAUCUCCAUGACAAUGUGAUGAUCGACAAUGUGUCCCAAAGGUCUUACCUUAUGAUUUUGCAUUUCUAGGUGAAACGCGAAAGACAUCAGUAUCAAUCAAAUCCAUCCUAUUGUGAAGUGUCUUUUCACAGUUUUAUAUGAAUUCAAGGAAAACAAGCUCAACUUGUAUCCACACAGUGUAUGCUCUUGCCCAUACACAUUAGUAUAACAUACUUCUCCAUUUCUUUGUAAUAGAAGAUGGCCCCCGAUCAAAGAGAUCUAGGCUGAAUGACGAGGGUGAUGAUGGUGGGGAUGGAGACUACCACAGGAGUGACCCUCAGAUAGCCAUCUGUCUGGAUUGUCUACGCAACAACAGCCUGGUGGAAGAGAACAUUGUUCGAGUAAGUCGUGGUGGAGAGCUCUAUGUGUAGCUCUUCCCUACUGCUCUUUUCUUCAUGUUCACCGUCUUCCCUGUCUCCCUAACCUCAUUCCUCCCCCCUCUUUUAGGCUGAUUGGGUUAGGUACAGUAUUAUGAAGCUAACUCCAUUAUGUCCCUCCAACUGCCUAACACCUCAGAAUGUGAGUAGAAUAUAGAUGGACGAUGAUGCUGUGGUUUUCCUUUAUUUCCUGGGCUGUCAUUGGAAGCAGGUCACUCAGUCAGAUACGUUCCUCUGUCAGCAGGUGAUAAUCCAGCCCAUCACUAAUUAGGCAGUUGUUUUCAUUAAAAUAGUGGUCCUCAUUAUAACAGUGGUGUUGCUGUUCAUAAUUGGUAGGCAGAACAGUGAAUAUGUGGAGAGAGGAGAGGCUCAUAAGGGUUCCUCAAGGGUUCUUUGCGAAGGGUGGUGGUUCUAUGUGGAACCAUACUGACCCAAAGAACCCUUUGAACCGUUAAAUGGUUAUUUGCAGUUUUAAAAAGGGUUAUUUCAUCUUUUAGUGAUAUGUUUGGGCGUGGUUUGUGCACAGCUCUUUUUGUGCAACCGUGAGUGAGUGUCAUUCCAGUUUAUCUAAUCUAUUGUGUUAUGCUAUUACAUGUUAUAUCUGACGAUGGCCAGUGAUGGUGUCUUGUGAAAGACUUGCGUAAGACCUUGUGUCAGUUGAGAACGGUUGACUAAAUCAGUAGUUCUCAAUUCUCUCCUCAGGGACCCCCAGCCGUUCCAGAGCUAGCAACCUGAUUCAACUUGUUAAUAAACACAAUAAUACAAUUAAUGGAAUUUUAACAAUUUAAUAUGGCUAAUAAACCCUGCAUGGUUCUACAAAAAACGUUGAGAUUGAAAAAGGUUCUUUAUAGAACCAUUCUCCAUAAAGGUUCUAUAAAGAACCAUAAAAAAGGGUUCUAUUUAGCCCCCAAAAGGGUUGUAACCAUAGCGGACCCCUUUUUUGGUGCUAUAUAGGACCAUUUGUUAUGAGUGUGUAUAGUGUGUAUAGACGGAGUUUCUCUGUGCCAAAAGGUUGCUAUUGGUAUUAAAUGCACUAACUAUUCUUAAUUAUGCAUUUGUUUUUAAAUAUAUUUUUUGCCAUAAAAUGGCUCUUUGAAUGUUUGGAUUUGCAUGCUCUUCACACAAGUUUGAAAAAAUGGGAGAUGUGCCUGAAUCAUUAAAGUAAUCUUCUGAUCCUCCACUCUAGGGCUUAAUGAAGAAAUUUAUACGCUGCUCGACUCGAGUGACAGUCGGAACAAUCAAGAAGUUUCUCAGCUUGAAGUUAAAACUUCCAAGUUCUUAUGAGGUAACAAAUUAAGCUUUUGUAUGUACUCUAUACCCUUUCGUAUGUAUCUACUGUAUGACAGAUAUUAAACCCAUAUAUGCGGUUUUGUUUGGGCCUCACAUACAGUAGCUGUUCCUGCAGAGUCUCUCCUGUGUGUUUAGUGUUGUGGGUAAAAGUGCUGGCCUUGUUAGCAGGCCCCCUGCUGUACUGAAGCUGUCCUUAAGGCUAGGCUAGUGAAAAAAUAUGCAUGAAAACGAGUCGUCGCUCGUUGAAUGACAACACACACUUCAUUGAAGAAUGCUAUUCUUGACCAAUGACCAACAAGGGGGCGUAUACUUUUUUUGUGUGCACCAUACUGUAAAUGAUGGUGCAUUGUGGGAAAAUGUGGGCGGGGAAAUAAUGUAUGUAUUUCCAAUGGUACUGUAAUUCCACCCUACAGAAUACAGUACCGUACCGUAUUUUUGGCGCGCCAAAAACCUUUUGACUACUAGUGGGUGCAAGGUAUUGUUGUUUCUGACUCAUUAAAGGGAUACUUUGGGAUUUUGGCAAUGCGGCCCUUUAUAUACUUCCCCAGUGUCAGAUGAACUUGUGGAUUCCAUUUUUAUGUUUCUGUGUCCAGUAUGAAGGAAGUUAGAGGUUGUUUCGCGAGCCAAUGAUAACUAGCGUUAGCGCAAUGAAUGGAAGUCAAUGGGUAUCUACUAGCACUUUCACUGGCGCCCAUUCGUUCACAGAUCUCCAAUUACUUUCAAUCAGUAAAACAUUUUUUCAAGGCCUAGGGCACUUUUUCAGUCACAUUCCUGAAGCCCAAGAAACAAACACUUAGCUUCCUAGUACAUAUGGAAAUUAAAAAGGUUUAUGAAUUACGUUUUUGAAGGUUACUGUCAAAAUGAUUUAUUCAAUUUAAAAAAAUAGACAUUGAUGACAGGCACAUGGGACCCCAGAGCUCGCGGGCCCCCCCGCUUUGCGGGGGCUGCGGGGGUGUCCGAUACGCCAGUGGCUCAACACCAACUAUUUAAAAUAGGCUACUAAAAUCAUUCCAAUCCUGAUUAAAAGGCAAAUGCAUUUUAGCAAGAUUAGCGGGCUGGCUUUAGGACCAUGUGGAUGGCUCAGAGCUGACGGGCAGGCUAUUUGCCCAACUGGCUGAGACAGAGAUCUGUACAUAAUGAUGAGAUGCUCAUGUCUCCACACUAUCAAUGGGAGUCGUUGUCCCAAAGGCGGUAAGGCAGGCGACAAGCUUAGGUCUAAAAUAAGUCCAUAGAAAUGCAUUGGGCUUAUUUUUGACAGAUUUUGGAGAGAGUGAAACCUCUCGCUUCGCCUCUUCCUCUCUGGCUGAGAGCACUGAGGUAUGGCUGAGAGCGCAUCGACGCAGCUGCACUGAACAGCGCAACUUUUCUCUCAAAACAGUGCAGAGGUGGAAGAUGGCUGUAGUAGAUGGCUUAUGGGUAGGUAACUUCUGUUUGACUUGACAUGAAACUAAACUAGAGUUUUUAAUCCCAGUGCUGAGCUAGUGCGUAGCAGCUAAUUGCUGUAUGACGUGUUUGUAGAAUUUUAAGUCCCCUAUUGACUGAGUCCCCUACAGCAGCCAAGGUGAUAAUAGCUGGAGUCAAUUUUGCUUGUUUUUACUGAUCUUCAAAUUGCAUUUAUUUUGUUUUUUAAUUGUGUACAAAUGCAUUAAAUGAGCUUCAGUUUAUAAAAAUUCCUAGGUUUAGCUGAAAUGACGCCCCUUAUUUGAGUCCUUGUCCUUUUGUUUUCUGCUUGUUUGAACGGUAUGAGAAAGGAAGAUUUGUCGAGCUCUAGUCUUCUUCUCAAGCAGCGUAUACUCUCACUAUGUCCCACAGUCUACCUCUUAGUCACCAGCCUCUGUGUCCCCUCACAGCUAGACGUCCUAUGCAACGGGGAGAUCAUGGGAAAAGACCACACCAUGGAGUUCAUCUACAUGACGCGAUGGAGACUUCGCGGUGAAACCGUAAGUAAGCCCCCAAUGAUAUCAAUGCCCACCCCCCUGUUCCCCUCACUUUGAAAGAUGCUAAGCCCUGUACCUUUCUAGCCAUGGGGAUAAGAUGUGGCUGCUGAAUGACGGUCCUGGAGUCUAGUCUCCAUGAGAGUCACGGCUUGCUUGGCUUUAAGCCGAUUAGCUGGUUAGACGUCUGAAGUGCCACCGCUACUCGUGUGCCACUCUACUGUGUAAUCUGCCACAGCAAGCAGGAAGUGCCAGUGGCACGGUAAAGAGAGCUGAUUACAGGCCACUUGUAGAAUUUGUCUGGUACUAUAGGUUCACAUCAAAAGUAUGGUGAAUUAAGUUGGUGGUUCAUGUGUUAUAAUGGUACUAUACACUAUUGGAGACAUUUGCAAGGCUAGUAUGGUAUUGGUAGCUCAUGGUAAAAUGCAGUUGAUGUACAGUACAUUCUCUAUUUCUGCCUCUCUUCCUCAAUGAAUUCAGAAUUAACCACUUUCCUCUUGUUCACCUCACCAAAAAUACACAUUGUGGUUGCUAUAUCUGGACCUGAACUUCAGUCAACCAUGCAUAAACUUAAUCAAGCACCCCAAGUCCUCUGCACAGUCUGCUAGGCUAUCUAACACACUUCAGCUUGACCUCAAAAGCACGUUGGCCGGGCGCCUUGGCUGCUAAUUUCAUUGCUGAUGAUUGUCACUUUUGGAUGGGCUGGUCUGCGCUCCGGCAGCACGGGGUCAGGUCAUGAAUCUCUGUAUUGGUCCAGGGAGACAGGUGAGGAAAGCAGUGAAGGCCCUGACAACUGACCCAGCAGGGUGCCUGUUCCUGGGCUCAUUGCCUGACACUCUCCCCUUCCACAGCCAUAGCUCAUCACCACUGGCUCAAAAGAGGGGUCUUUUAAUGAAGGCGCCCUGUUAGCAGCAGCAAAGACCAUUUCUGUCCUGGUUUGGUUGCAACAUACAGUACAACGCACCCAAGGCCUCAUAAACUGUACAGUUUUAAUUGUUCAAUUGAUUCCCCUGUUAUGAAAUGAUACUCUGCUAAGGGAGUGAAUGUUAUUUAUAAUAAGGGUUACAUGGAGGAAAUGGGAGCUCUUUGAAAUUAAAAUGGAUGGCCCUCCCUUCAGCAAAAUAUAUUUUAUUUAAACCCUCCCUGAACGCUUGGAGAAAAAAAAGUGACCCUCCCCUAUACCAAAAAUAAUAAUUAAAACAAAGUGGAUAGCAGAGAAUAUGUCUUUUAUAAACAUUACGUGCAAUUCUACGUAAUUUUACAUGUUAGCAGAAUCUUUUCUUAAUACCACACAAAUUAACGAAAUUACCGGCUAAGAAUGGACAGAGUGAUAGGCCUAUGUGAUCAUCUUAUCAUAUUUCUCCAAUGCCAAAUCAGUGUGUCUUGUUUGCAAUGAAACUGUCCCUGUUUGCAAAUAAUUAAAUCCGAGACGUCAUUAGGAAUCUGAGCAUGGUACUUUCAAAAGUUAGGCCUACCUUUCCACCCCAGACAGAGUAGGCCUACCUUUCCACCCCAGACAGAGUAGGCCUACCGACGCAAAAAAAUGUAAGCUUUAACUGCUGGCUACUCUUCUUCCGUGGCUUAACCCAACGAGAGAAGGUCACAAGUGUUUCCCUAAAAGCUGUCUGGGUUUAAACAUCUUCUAUUGUACAGAAAGUGAAUAGCUUAAUCAAUUGAUAGUGACACAAUUUGAUUACUUCGCAAGCAAAGUCAGCCUCUGAAUAUCAAAGAAAUGAAACAAAAGUAUUUUAAAGCUUGUUUCUAGCGUAAAGCAUCGCAGACCAAAGGGCUGUUAUAGAUCAUUAUUGUCACGCCCUGGCUCUGGGGACUCUAGUAUGUUGAGCCAGGGUGUGAGUUUUCAUUUGUUUUUGUUCUAGUUUUCUAUUUCUAUGUUGGCCAGUGUGGUUCUCAAUCAGAGGCAACGUGUAUCAGCUGUUGCUUGUUGUCUCUGAUUGGGAACCAUACUUAAGCAGCCAGUUUUCCCACAGUGUUUGUGGGAUCUUGUUCCGUGUUGGUUUAUGUGUGUUAACCAAGGACUUCACGUUAUCGUUUGUCGUUUUGUUCGUGUGAUCUUUCGAAUUAAUAAAAUAUGUUCGCAUUCAACGCUGCGCGUUGGUCAUCCUCCUUCGACGAUCGUGACAGAAGAUCCCACCAAGGCUGGACCAAGCAGCGUGUCCAGGAGCCAUCGCCAGGGAGAUCUCUAGCGGAUCUCCUUCGCCUCCUCGACUGGGUCAAGCCGUGUGAGGAAGAGAGGGGCUUGACUUGGAAGCAGAAGGGCGAAAGGCUGUCAAGAGAUAUGGAGACCUGGUCCACGGGAAGGAGAGAAGCCCAGAAAUUUUUUAGGGGGUGGCUCACGCCGCGGACGACGGGGCAGCAGGAGGCCGCGAUGGAGUGGUCCAGCGGGUUUGCAGAGGAGGCCGCCAGGUUAAGGGGGCCACUGGUCACAGAGGAGAGGGAAAGUGUAGAGGCACGGCGAGAGGUACUGGGGUGUGUUACCAGUCCGGUCCGGCCCGUUCCUGAUCCCUGCGUAGGGCCAGUGGUGUGUGUCCCCAGUACGGUCCGGCCUGUUCCUGUUCCUCGCAUCGAGCCUGUGGUGCGCGUCGUCAGCCCGGUCCGGCCUGUUCCUGCUCCCCGCAUCAAGCCUGUGGUGCGCUUCGCCAGCCCGGUCCGGCCCGUUCCUGCUCCCUGCACCAAGUCAGUGGUGCGCUUCGUCAGCCCGGUCCGGCCCGUUCCUGCUCCCCGCACCAAGCCUAUGGUGCGCGUCGCCAGCUCGGUCCGGCCCGCUCCUGCUCCCCGCACCAAGCCCAUGGUCAGCGUCGCCAGCCCGGUCCGGCCCGUUCCUGCUCCCCACACCAAGCCAAUGGUGUGCGUCGUCAGUCCGGCACGGCCCGUGCCUGUUCCACCGGUGCCUGGUCCGGCACCGGUCAGCUGCUUCACGCCGGAGCUAGAGCAAUCCGCUCCACCAGUGUGCAGUCCAGCUCCGGUCAGCGGGGCCAGACCGGACCAGGGGUACUUUGGGGGGUUGGAGAGGGAGUGGGGAUCAGGCCCGGAGCCGGAUCCGCCGCCAAGGCGGAGUGCCCACCCGGUCCCUCCCCUGUGGUGUUUGGUUGGCGCGGCCGGAGUCCGCGCCUUUGGGGGGGGUACUGUCACGCCCUGGCUCUGGGGACUCUAGUAUGUUGAGCCAGGGUGUGAGUUUUCAUUUGUUUUUGUUCUAGUUUUCUAUUUCUAUGUUGGCCAGUGUGGUUCUCAAUCAGAGGCAACGUGUAUCAGCUGUUGCUUGUUGUCUCUGAUUGGGAACCAUACUUAAGCAGCCAGUUUUCCCACAGUGUUUGUGGGAUCUUGUUCCGUGUUGGUUUAUGUGUGUUAACCAAGGACUUCACGUUAUCGUUUGUCGUUUUGUUCGUGUGAUCUUUCUAAUUAAUAAAAUAUGUUCACAUUCAACGCUGCGCGUUGGUCCUCCUCCUUCGACGAUCGUGACAAUUAUAUAUAAUCGGAUCCGUUGUUUUCUUUUUUUUAAUCUUAAGCUAACAAUGGGUGGGCCUGUGCUUUUUGCCAUUUUCUUUAAUAAAAGGUAGGCCUAUGGCAUACCCGCUCAUAAUCCCUCGAGUAUUGGUUUUAAUUUAACAGCCCUUCACUGAUAUGGAGGUACGCUAUUUAAAGAGUGCAUGGUGGGUGGAGGAAUUGGCUGGCAAAUCUAUGGAUAUAGCAGCCUAUAGCCUAAUGUAGUCUGUCAAACAGGUAGGCCUACCUCUUAUUUCUUAAAUAGGAAGAAAUUGUCUCCAACGCAAAUCCCUCUUGUUGUUAUUAAUGUCUAAUUAAAAUGAAGAAUGUUGAAAUUAGUUAUGCCUACUCGAAUUUGCCAACUUUCAGCACCAUGAGCUGUCCAUUUCUGAUUGAUUGUGCUGCGGCUGCUGCUUCAAGUUUCAGCACCACAAUGUAAGUUACUCGAAUCUGACUUUUUGAACUCGAACUCUGAUAAAUACAUAAUGGGCAAGAAACAUAUUGUUUUUAAUAAUGAUAAAUUAUAGUAGUAGCAAGCUAUCAAAGUUGACUCCGGUCCUACUCAUCUUCGCUGUCUCCUUCCCAAACUGAACAGAGCAUAGGGUAUGGGCUGGUCCGCCUGCAAGAUAUUGUAUUUUUUGGACUAGGCUUAAUCAACAAUUAUCUUCAGAAGAAACCUUUGAGUCUCCUCCUGAACUGCCACCAUAGCCCUACACAGCACAGCCAUUGGUUAAGCAGCAUUCAAAAACGUUUUUGAUCAGCAAGAGCAGAGCAGGCUGGGGCUCAGGAUUGGAAUAUCCAUUGCGGUGUGCAAUGCAGCCUAGUUUUAUUUACACCAUCCCAGCAGCUAUCUUAGGAAUAUAACUUUGUUCUGUGCUUAUCGGAGCAUGCACUUCAUAGCCUAUAACCUAAAGACUAUGGAUCAUUUGAUUGAGACCACACUAAAUAGCCUAUAGACGCAAUUGAUAUUGCCGCCCAGAGGAGAAUCAGAGGUGAGGGGCGGCAUCAUACACACAUCGCUAUAUAGCCUAAUAAGCAACUAAUUCUAAAACACUGAGAAAUAUUGAAAUUUUCCUCCUAAUUUAGGCUUGCAUUAAAAACAGGUUUUGGCAAGCUUAAAAUACCCUUGUCCUCAGUCCUUAUGCAGAACAUUCUGAUGCCAAGAACAGAGUCCCAGGAAGGAAUCAGUAAAUGCCUUUUAGCUUAGAAGAACUAUAUCCAGUGUAGACAUCCAUGUUGAAGCAACAAAAAAAAUCAGAUGACAUUAUUACUAUUGGCAUCAGGGGCAGAUCGUCCCACUUUGAUUGUACCAGAAAGGGAUUUUCUGAUUGGUCUCUUAAGAAUUCUCUAUCUGUGCAGAAUAUGUGACAGCUCUGUGAUGCCUAGUAUGAAUUCCUGUCCUCCCCUGGACCAAAUGACCAGGAACUGGGUCAGUGUGGGCCGACUCAUUUCCGUUCUCGUUGGGAUUGUACAUAAGUGUCUCCUGCCUACUGCUGCUGUCUGCUUGCCUGCUUGUCUAAAAAUAGGGCUACUGCAUGAGAUGUCUGUGGAGUGUGUCUUUCACUUUCACCUGCUCUGGCAUCAGACUCGUUCUCUCCUCAUCACACUCCCACCGCUCUGCUCUGUACUCACCUGCAUUAGUGCUCUUCUCUCACUGCAGAACAUCUUAGCUACGAAGCUACAAUCUGGAGGAACACAUCAGAUUGUGUUGUUUUUGUGUUCUAACUAGCAAGUUCCCCUGUAAGUGUACUGUAUAUAUUGUAUUCUUACAAUGUUAGAUCAUCUACGUUCCUUAUUCUCUGAUUACUGUCUCCAUUGUAGUGGAUUCUGUCCAAGGGUGACCAAUGCCAUCUCUCUCUUUCAGGCCUACCCAAUGGUACUAGAAUAUCGCCCACGGAUAGACUUUGGUUGACGGAGGGAGACGUGGGACUACUCCUGUACUAACUAACAGCCCAUUGACAGACUACACAAUGAAUGGAUGUGCCUGGCACAAGAGACAAGGACCACACAUCUUCUUAUCAUCUGCAUGCAGUAAUCUGUUAUUGCCUCUAAUCUCAUUCUGUUCUCGUACGUUAUCUUUCAGUUUCAAUAUCUGCGUUUCAUUUUUAUUUUUUUUACGCAUCAAGGGUUUAAGAACAUUCCAUCAUGACGUAUUGAUUCUUAAACAAGCACCGAAAUGUAAUUGAUUGAAGAGUGAAGACAUGCCCUUUAAUUCUACAGCACAUGGAAGUGUCCCUAAUAAUACAAGGUGAAAUUACUAGAAGUCCGUUGUUACGCAACACAAAAUAGAUAUUCCAAGACAAAGGUGUGCACUGGCAAACGGCCCAUAAUUCUUUCACCUUAUCUAUGCUGGAUUUAGUGUCUUACAUGAUUCCCUCCCUUACUCCUGUUUUUUAAUCAUUAACUACGGUAGUGCCUUUCCCCACAUGCCUCUUUCAGUGCAGAGCCCUUCGAAAUUCAAACUGCUUUUCAUAUGAAAUCCCUAAUAGUGGAUUCAACAGCCCCAACGUAUAGCCUACAUACAACUACAAGGAAGCUAUGGAUACCAUACCUACCAUAUCCUUAUCUCAAUAAGCUAUAUUCUUCCAUUCCAUGCCAUUUUGAUGUUAUUACCGCAUAUAAAGCAAUACAAGUACUGUAAGACUAGAUUUGCUGGAAGAAGGUUAGAAAAAACAGAGUAUCACCUACACUGUCUGAAAUGUGUAGCUGUGUGUUUGUGCACUAUGUAAACGUAUUGGGCAUUAUUGUUGACUUGUACAUAGCAGAGAUUUGUAUAGACUGUUUACUACUAUGCUGUAUGUCCUACUGUGUGGCUUAACAUUAAUUUAUUGUUGUUGCCGUAUAGAAACUGUCCAGACUGUCGUUACAGGGUCCCAUAACCCUUGCCAUUUGUCUCUAAUGGUGGAUCAGUAAACAAGUGCUUUAAAUGCUUUUUUCCCCUUGACAUACAGUGCCUUCAGAAAGU